GGAAAUAGUGAUAUAUUUACAACAAUUGUAGUUAUUCCCAAGGUACCUGAACGUAGCACAAACUCGCGCACAGCUGAACACGUGAUUGAAGGCGGAAGUAGUAAAUGCAGCUUGACCUCAAAGCAUGAGACGUAUCUGCUGAAUGUAGUAUUCUAUUGUAAUGUAUUUAAUUUCUUUAAACUGAAUGCACUUGUUGUGUAAUGGAUCCAAAUCUGGUUUACUGGAAAAACGAAGGGCAGACUUUCAUCAGUCGAUUGCAGAUUUGGGUUAAUCUCCUCAAUCCAACUACUCUUCUCUGCUCUGAUACUGAAAUACAGAAGGCCCACAAGUCUCUUGGCCAUUAUGAGAAAAGGAAAGAGAAUGUGAAUGCACUGACUCUCUCCCUUUCGUCCGUCCACGCUGACUCUGGAAAUGUUGUUCCAUUAGUUUUUCGUCCACCAGCUUUGCUGCCAGUAGCUGCACCCUUGGUGGUUGCAAGCUUGUUACAACACAGUAGCGUCAAACCUGCUCUGUUUUGGCAGUUUUUGCUGCAGGUUUACAACGCUGGCUUCAACUAUGCAAACAGAAAUUGCUCAUCAGAUCGGAACGAGAAGAUGAGCUUGAAGCAGCUUGUGUUAAUCACAGGAACAGUGUCCUUUACAACGUGUAGUGGGGCUCUUCCUCAGAUUUUCAUUAAACAACUCGGUGUAAGAAGUGCGGCAGUCCAGUCUUUCUUAAGGUCAAUAGUACCGAUCCACCUCUCAGCUGCUCUGGCCUUCUUCAGUGUUUUGACCAUUAGAAGCGAGGAGUUGGAAACCGGGAUCCAAGUGUUUGAUUCCAAUGGAAACUCCGUUGGCAUCUCUAAAGCAGCAGGACACAAAGCUGUAAAGGAAAGCGCGCUGUCCAGAGCAGCCCUGCUUGGUGUGACUGCUGCAGUUCCCAGUAUGCUGGUUUUACUUUUCCAGGGAACAAGACCUUUUAAGAGGAACUCUCUUCUGAUCGCUCCUUUGCGUCACACAAGUGCAGUGGUUGUUUUCGGCCUGAUGAUCCCUGUGUCGUUCAGUCUCUUUCCACAGCUGGGAACGAUAAAUAGAGAAGCUUUGGAGGAGAAGCUUCAGGCUGUGACUUCCGAAGGACACUUAUUUUAUCACAGAGGACUUUGAGAUAGUUUCAUGAAAUAAAAAUAAAAUAAACAUGCAGCUUUUCUCAGA